AUGGACGCUUCCGGCCCUGUCGCAUUCCAACUUUUGGGCGAGAAAAGCCCGGGUGUUCAGCGCAUUGAGGCGAUCUCAGCGACGUUCACGAAGUGGACGAAGGUCUUCCUCUUCGUCGGCGUCUUUCUUAUCGCGUAUGCAUAUGGUUUGGAUGGAACGGUCCGGUACACUUAUCAGACGUACGCCACGAACUCGUAUGCGACGCACUCUCUGCUCGCCACCGUCAAUGUCUUGCGGUCCGUCAUCGCUGCGGCUGCCCAGCCCACCCUCGCAAAAUUGAUGGACGUCUUUGGACGUUUUGAGGUGCUCCUCGUCUCGGUCGUCUUCUACCUCAUUGGCACCAUCGUCGAGUCGUCCUCCGCGAACGUCAGAGCCUUUGCAGGCGGCGCGAUCCUGUACCAGGCAUGUCUCCGCAUUGGCUACACCGCCGUCAUGCUGAUCGCGGAGGUCCUCGUCGCUGAUCUGACGACGCUCCGGAACCGUGUCCUGUUCUCAUUCAUCCCAGCUGCGCCAUUCCUGAUCAAUGCCUGGAUCAGCGGCAAUGUCACCGACGCCGUCCUCGACGCGACAACCUGGCAGUGGGGCAUCGGCAUGUGGGCCAUCAUCUACUUCGUCUGCGCCCUCCCGCUCCUCUUCUCACUCUGGUACGGCGGCUACCAGGCGCGCAAGUCCGGCGCGCUCGAUUCCUACAAGACGCCCUUCGAGCGCCUCGGCGCGCGCGACCUCGCCGUCGCGCUCUUCUGGCAGCUCGACGUGAUCGGCAUCGUGCUCGUCAUCGCGGUCUUCGCGCUCAUCCUCGUGCCGUUCACGAUCGCGGGCUCGGCGAAGGACCAGUGGAAGGAUGGCGGAAUUAUCGCGAUGUUGGUGAUCGGGUUCUGCUGCAUUCCGGUGCUGCUGUUCUGGGAGUUGAAGGCGAAGCACCCUUUGAUUCCGUUCCGGCUCAUGAAGGACCGCGGUGUCUGGGCCGCUAUGUGCAUCGCCAUGCUUCUCAAUGCUUCUUGGUACCUUCAGGGAGAGUACUUGUACACCGUUCUCGUCGUCGCCUUCAACGAGACCAUCGAGUCCGCGACGCGCAUCACGAACGUGUACUCCUUUACUAGCGUCGUCACCGGCGUCAUCCUCGGCUUCGUCGUCCGCUACGUGCGCUACCUCAAGCCUUUCAUCGUCUUCGGCGUGUGCCUCUUCAUGGUCGCAUUUGGGUUGUUGAUCCGCUUCCGUGGCGGCGAGAGCUCACACUCGGCCGUCGUCGGUGCGCAGGUCGUUCUUGGUAUGGGAGGAGGUCUCUUCGCGUAUCCCACCCAGGCCAGUGUCCAGGCUGCCACCAAGCACGAGCACUUGGCUGUCAUCACCGCGCUCUACCUCGCGCUGUACAGCAUCGGUAGCGCCCUUGGCGGGUCUAUCUCUGGUGCUAUCUGGACAAACGUCCUGCCCGGCGAGCUCUCCUCCCGCCUUGGCAACGCGACUCUCGCUGCCGAGGUAUACGCCUCGCCGCUCACCACCGCCAUCCUCUACGAGAUGGGCUCCUUCGAGCGGGAGGCCAUCGUCGCCGCGUACAAGCACACGCAACGCCUGCUCUGCAUCACCGGUAUCUGCUUGUGCGUCCCGCUGCUCGCCUUCUCCCUCCUCCUGCGCAACCCGCACAUGGGCGACACGCAGAGCGCGCCGGAUGCGGAGCUCUCGUCGCACGAGACGGCCUCCGUCUCUGACUCGCACUCCAUGGACAAAAAGCAGCCGUCGGCGACUGCCUAA